AGUUAAAUACCUAAAAGUCGGGUAAUUGAUAUAAUGAGAGUUCCAUCCAGAAGAGCCGAGAUCCGUGCAGCAUUGAGAGCACGAAUAAAGCAAAUUUCAGAGGAUGAUUCUGAUCUUGAACGAGGUGAUUUAAGUGAGCAUGAAGUAUUAGAUAAGUAUAAUGAUGAUGCUACCAAUCAUCUAUCGAAAAAAUCUAGUUCAGUGAAAAAUAAGGAAGACAAGAAAGUUGAUAUAGUUAAGAAGCCUAAACAAAGAGGACCAAUUAAGAAAGAUAUUAUUGUUAAGAAAUCUGAGGUUGAAAAGGGGUCAAUUGAAGUUGAUAAAGAUGUUCAAGUAGAAGUAGAAGUAGAAGAUGAUGAAUUGGAUAAAAGAGAAGAAGAAGAUUAUUCUAGUGUAGAUGAUGAUGAUUUUGAACCUGAUGCGGCUGAAGAUGAUGACGAAGAAGAAGAUGAUGACGAUGAUGAUGAAGCUGGUGAAAAGAGUCUGAAGGAAGAAUCAUCUGGAACUAGAAAGAGAAAGAAAACAUCAGAUACAGCUAAUACUACAACAUCAACUAAGAUUAAAAAGACUACUAAACGACAGAAACCGAGCCUUAAAGUUAUAUCUGACGGACUGGUUGAUGAAAAGACAUGUCCUGUCUGUGCUCAAACAUUUCCAACUGCAGUUGAUUGUAAAAAUCAUAAACGAUCACAUUCUAAACCAAAAAUCCAUAAAUGUGAAAUAUGUCAUAAAGCAUUCAGUCAAAUGCCUAACUUAGAGUAUCAUUAUACUAUUAUACAUAAAGAUCUUCAAGUUAAUGGUGCUGGAAAAGUUAUUAUUGAUGAAAAUGUAGCACCAAUUCAACAAGGAGAAGAAACAGUUGAAGGAGAAGUUAAACCAGAAAUAGAUUACACCCAACUUCGAGUAUUCCAUUGUGGAAUUGUAGGAUGUACAAAGACAUUUUUAUCGUAUGAAUUAUUAUUAAAACAUCGAGAAACAGAUCAUUUAACAAAAACUCGAAUGACUUAUAAACAUCCCAAAACGGAUAAGAAACAUAAAUGUACUUUUGAAGGUUGUGACAAAGCAUUCGUAAAAUAUUCAGAUUUAACUCGUCAUGUUCGAGUUCACACUGGUGAAAAACCAUUUCAAUGUGAAGAUUGUGGUGCAAGUUUUAAUCAGAAAUAUCGUUUAACCACUCAUUUAAGAUCCCAUAGUGGUGAGAAGCCUUUCUCGUGUAGUUAUUGUGGGAAAUUAUUUGCUCGUGGUGAUGCAGUAAAAUCCCAUAUAUUUUCAGUUCAUCGAGAGAAGGGUGAAGCUUUUUAAUUAAAGAAUGAAUUGCAGUUAUGUAGUAUUUACUAUCUAUAAUAUAUGUUUGUAUGGUUGGCCCCAUAUAACAAAAUAAAUUUAAAUUUAAAUUUAAACUAAACAUACGCCCCAUAUUUAUUCGGAUAAUCUUUUACGUCAAUAUAAACGUCAUUAUCAUAUUGUCCAACCAAGUAUUGAUCCAUGAAUUCGGCCCGUUUUGCAAUACCUUCGAUUUGGUUUUGCAUAUGAAGUAUGAGUCGAUGUGUUAGGUCCCUCGGUUAAAAGGAUGCGAAAAAUAUUACCUUUGAAAAAUUUUGGAAUCGUAUGAGUAUUUGCUGAAAAGGAUGUUUGACUACUAAGAUGCUAAAUUGCUUCAAAUGACUCUGACUCUCACUCUAUGUGACAUAUUACUGAAUAUUUUUGAAUUACUAAUAAAUAAAUAAAUAAAUAAAUAAUAUAAAAACUAUAUAAAUAACUACUGCAGUACAAC